AUGUCCUCAUUCGAGCAUGUCGAACUUGCCCAGGCGGCUGAGACCUCCCACGAUGACACGCCCAUCGCGGGCAACCCGGCGUUCAACGCGCCCGCGCGCGCCACAUCCCUCCCCCCACCCGUACCCAGUGCGAGGGUGAGCCCGGGGCCCGGCUCGGGGUUCCCACCCGCCCCGCGCUCCCCUGGCCAGGACCCCCUGAAAGAGAUCGAGGAGGUGGCGGAGCGCGUCAUGGGGACGGCGGUGCACGCUGCCAAGGACGUGACCCAGCUGGCCAGCGAGGCUGCCCGGGAGGCUGCCCGGGAGGCGCGGCAGGGCCUGAGCUCCCUAGCCUCUGGCUUCUCCUCCUGGUGGUCCACCCUGGACGUCCCCACCGAGGAUCAGGGCAGCGGUGGCAACAGUGCAGACGAGCGCGAUGCGGUGGCCCUGGCGGUCUCCCUGGGCCUGGAGCCAGGCGAGGCGGUGCUGGAGUCCUUCCCCUGCCACCUGCUGCAGACCUACCGCUCCGUCAAUGGUCUGACCCCCGACCGCGAAGUCCCCUUCCCCGGUACCCUUCACCUCACCAGCCUAAACGCGGUCUUCGUCGCCGGGCAGGGGGCAGGGCUGCCGGACCCGGUCCGCCUCCCCCUCACCGCCGUGCGCGCCUCCCACGUCACCGGGGCCGCGGUGGCGAGGCCCCCGCGCGGCUCAGCAUCUGCCGGGCAGCGGCUGGUGCUCUCCGCCACCAUCGCAGAGGGGGACAUCGCCUUCGCAGGGUUCCGGGAGGGCGGCCCCGAGUCGGCGCUGGCCCUGCUGGAGCACCUGUCCUCCAGCGACUGA